ACUAUAUCUCACUCACUCAGUUCCAGAAAAUAAAAUCAAUCCUUGUUUUAGUUCCAGCAACUACAUCCUACAUAUUUACACACAUAAAACAUCCUCAAAUUUUGUCCAUGCUUCAAUAUGUCCUAAUGCUUGUAGUUCAACUCUAGUACUUAUAUUGCACUGCAGUUUGAGUUGUGGUCUCAGCAAUCUAAAUAUAUAUCUGAAAACAAAGAGAAAUGGGUAAGAAAGAUCAACAGCAUCAUCAUUCUAGCCACCAAGACAAAGUGGAAGCUGUUCUCAAUCUUCUCAGAAAACAAGCUCCGCUCACUCUCAAACAGGAGAAGUUUUGCAGCAUAGGAUGUGUAGAGAGAUUCUUGAAAGCAAGAGGAGAGAAUGUCAAAAAAGCUGCUAAGCAACUCAGAGCUUGCCUUUCUUGGAGAGAUGCCAUCUCCAUUGAGAAUUUAAUAGCCGAUGAAUUUUCAACUGAGCUUGCCGAGGGAUUAGCUUUUGUGUCCGGUUUUGACGAUGACUCUAGACCGGUUCUGAUAUUCCGAAUCAAGCAAGACUACCACAAGUUCCAUUCACAGAAACAAUUUACUCGGUUGUUGGUGUUUACACUGGAGGUUGCAAGACAAAGCAUGGCUAAAGAUGUUGACCAAUUUGUCCUCCUAUUCGAUGCUAGCUUUCACAGCUCAGCAUCAGCUUUUAUGAAUAUGUAUUUAGCUACACUCAAGAUCAUAGCAGACUACUAUCCUGCUCAGCUUCACAGAGCUUUUGUCAUAGACCCUCCCUCUCUUUUCUCUUAUCUUUGGAAGGGAGUGAAGGCAUUUGUGGAGUUAUCACAACUCACAACAAUAGUCUCAUCACUAGAUUUCGAGGAGUCUUUGGAGUGCAAUGACUUCACAUUCCACCCGCGAGCCUCCUCCCUCCGAUUCGAUUCCUCUUCAAUCCCAUCAACGGCCCAGAUCGGCGCAUGCUCUUCCUCCCGUUUCUCAUUCACCGUGGCCCACCACUUCGACUCCGUCAAGCCAUGGUACCUCAGCCUGACCGACACGUCAGCCUCCAAAGUCGGCCCCACAAACGCCUCUCUUAUCGGUCCCAACGCCAGGUCAUUCUCAUUCGCAUCGCCAGCUGCCAGGACGCCACGUGGCAACAUCCCCACCGUUGUCCGAAAGAGCUUCUUUCCAUCCACACCGUUGCCUCAGAAGACUCACAAGUUUGACCACUCGAAGAUCAAGCAGCCUCGAACACCCAAGCCAUCUUUCCUACAAUCACCGUUCUUCAGGAAGGAGUGCCACGUCAGCAAGAGUGACAGGUGUCGCGAAUCGUUCUUACCGUUUUUAAGAUUCUACCGGAGGCCGUACGAUGAAAUGAGCUACAGGUCGAAGAUGAAGCCGCCGCUAGGUGGGCUCAUCUCCAUCAUAUCCCCGCGGCUAAAACGUCGACACGUGUCAGUCUCUCAGCGCUUCUGAUGACCAGGAAGAGUACAUAUGUGAUAUGUCUACAUGCAAUAUUAUUUACGAGUACUAUAAUAACAAUUAAAGACUUUAAGUAUUAUCUAAGUAGCUAGCUUCAAUAAUUGUCCAAUUCAUAUGAUCUAGAUUCCAAUGGUAAAAAAAUAGUGGUAAUGUACGUUGUUCUUAAUUAAGUGGGUCACAAGUA